AUGCUGGACGAGACCGAUGUCGUUUGCGGUGCAGAUAUAUUCUUUUUGCCAGCGUUGUUUGCUGACCUCACAACAUUACUUCGCCUAUGCGUAGAUUACAAGCCCGAAAUAAAAAUUAUUCUAGCAGCAACGAUGCGAAAUGAAGACACCUGGAAUCAAUUUUUAGACGAAUGCAAAAACAAGAAAUUAAAAGUCGUCACUCUUUCAAACUGUCUCGAUCUUGAUGAGUACUUUGUUUAUGAAAGAUCUUCAAUUUUAAUAGUAUCAGUAUCAGCUGAAAGUUCAUAA